AACAAAGGUGAUCCCGCGGCUUAACCCAGUAAAUUACGGCAUACAGUAAAUUACAGUUACGGCGUCCGUAUACAUUAUAAUCGGUCUGCAUAACCUCAAUCGGAAUCAAAAUGUAGACCUAAAAUCUAAACAUCUCCGCUCCACCCCCCAAAAUACAAUAUAUUUUUGUAACGGGUGGACAGACUUUGCCCUGCUUGUUUUGUGUUGGUGGCCAGAGCCACGUAAUUGGAACCAGUGGAGCGAGAGGGGCGAACAACCACAGGCCAUACUGCUGACUUCCUGGUCUGGAGCCCUGGUGCGUUUACUUUAAAGGGACAGAUUUAGAACGACUGGGACCAAACCUGUUAUUUCACAGGCGCUGGCCACACAGGCCCCCGUGGCUGUCUGAUGCAAUAGUCUUUCUCUCUCCCUCUGUGUGUGUUUUUCUGCACCAUGGAGUAAAUCAGGUCAAAUUGGACUGCAGCGAGAGAGACGGUGACACGCUUUGAGCUGUGGUCGUUUCACAUGUCAUAGAUGAUUGCAAUCACAUGUACCUAAGGGGGAAGGAUGGCCAGCCACACGGGAGGGUGAUUUUUACUAAGGAGGAGAAGAAGGCCGUGCUAACCGAGAUGCAUGCUGGCCAUUUCGGAGUGAAGCGCAUGAUUGCCAAAAUCAACCUACGCUUCUUCAAGGAUGUGGACAGCUGGGUCAUUCGGGCGAAUUACUUCAUUUGGAAGAAUGACGAAAUGAAGGCGAGACCUAUGAAACCUCGCUCCUCUUUCGCUCCUAGCUGGGGUCACCACCAGUUAAGGGUUACCUCUGUGGAAGCCAACAAUAUUCUCCAGUUGGACGGUCAACCACUGAAAGCACUGACGCCCUACACUUCAGUGAAGCCCAUGAGACAGUAUGUCAAGGCUAACCACAGGGUCACGGGACCAUCCCUUACCUCCCUCAUAAACCCCGCUGACGUAAAGAAAUUACAGACAGGUCCCCUUUAACUCUGCUUCUGUUCUCCAGGACCUAGGGGUUCUGCCCAACACCCAGACGUCGAUCCACCUGAUGUCCUCCAUUACCAACCACCUUCUAACUUUUCAUUACAUCAUCUACAGCUACUGUUAUUGUCAUGUUGUCAUUAUCUGCUAAGAAAGUUUGGGAAGGGCAGCUUAAAAUUUUAUUUAUUUAUUUAUUUAUUUUAUUUAUUUAAAAUAAAAACAUGCCAGCCAGACAAGCCAGUGUAUGAAUCAAAUAGAUUUGCAUAUGAAUGGAGUGGAAAUUAGCUGACUGUGAUCUGUAAGGUAAGUAACAUUAAUGUGUCAAGCAGAUUACAUGUUUUCUUUGAUAUUUCCUAAACAUAGCAACGU